CUAGUCUUCGUUUAACCAUAUUGGUGACUGGGUCGUAACGGUUCAAUCGCGAAAAGAAAGGUGGCAUUUGGCAGACACAAAUAGGUUGAAUAGCACAAUACAAUAAGAACAUCAGGGAAUUUGUAGAGCGUAGCGCAGUGAAAGAUGGCCAACAAUAUUGAGCUAGACACCGAGGAUAAGUUGGAGUACAAAUUUUACCCAGCUACCAACGGUGUGGUGAACUUCAAAGUUCGAGCACCCAACGAUGCCCAUCUGGCUUUGACGAGCGGACCGAAAGAAUCCGACCCAAUGCUGGAGGUGUUCAUCGGUGGAUGGAAGAACACGAAAUCCGUCAUCCGAAAGAAUCGCACCAAACCGGAUGUGUGCGAGGUUGAAACUCCUGAUAUCUUGAAUGCCGGCGAGUUCCGAGGAUUUUGGGUCAAGUGGCUGGAUGAUGUCAUUACUGUCGGUAUGGAGGGAGCAGCGGCAGCUUUCUUGUCCUAUGAAAACACGGACCAUUUCCCGAUCAAUUUUGUGGGCGUGUGCACUGGCUGGGGAGCUUCCGGAUCAUGGAUCAUCGAACAGAAUGAUCCAGCUCCAUCGGCCCCGGCUGCACUAGUGUCCGGUGGAGCAGCGUGUUGGGUUCCAACAGCUAACGGAGAAAUCCCACCAAACGCAGUGGUUGGUGGAUCGGAUGGUGAAGAUUUGUUCAUUGGCCGCGCCCAGCAUGAGGGUGCCAUCAUUCCCGGAAAGGUUGUGGCUUCACAUGGAACGUGUUAUGUUGCCUGGGGUGGAGCUGAAAAUGCCAAAACAGAGUACGAAGUUCUUUGCGAUGGUAGUGGCACUUUCGUGCCUAUUUCCGGUGGUGAUAUUCCUCCGAAUGCAAUUCCUGCUGGUGAAACAGAAGAUGGUGAACCACUGUUCAUUGGCCGUGUACCGCAUGAGGGUACCAUGACAAUUGGUAAAGUACAACAGUCGCAUGGCGUUUGCUACAUUCCUUACGGCGGACAGGAGUUAGCUUUUGCCGAGUAUGAAAUCUAUGUUAGCCAGUAGACACGGGAUCGUUACGUGGCACAGCCACUUAAUCACCGCAGCAGCCUUAGAGCACAAUAUACACACAACGAAUCUCGCAUUAAAAGGAAGAUCUGAACUGCACAGAUCUGAUGUUUUAUUGAAAUGCAAGCUCGCCAAGCGAACUUAGUAAACCUGCAACUAAAGCCAGCACAAAAAUAUUUAUAAUUCACGAAUGUUAUUAUUACCAGUUGAAAUAAAGUCAUGCUUCCAUAAGCAACUGCCA